AUAAGCCCUGAGGUUCGGAGCGUUGGUGGAAAAUUACCUCGUGAACAAGAGGGGAGGUCCGAGCUGGUAGAGUCAGACUCCACUCGUCGUGGGAGGAAGACACAGCUGCCGCAUAAGGGAGGAUGGAGUGUGCGAUGGGCUGAUCAGAGGUGGACCAAGGUCGGGCCAUGGAGAAACUAAAAGGUCCCACAGAGGGAUGCGGUAUCCACAGGACCUGUGGAUGGAGAGCCCUGCUCCUCCCGCAGCUGAACAGACAGUCGCUGUACUUGUACGGCAGCGAGGUGGCCGUGGAGAAGGAAUGCCUGCGACAGCUGGAGAGCGGGGUCUUUGUCAUUCACCCUUUCAGCCUCAUGAGGAGUUACUACAUCAUGUGCAUGAUGGCCAUCACGUUUCUGAACCUGAUCGGGAUUCCCAUGGAGAUAGCUUUUCUGGACGGGACCAGCGGGCUGGCAUGGGAAGGAUUUAACGUGUUUUCAGACACGCUGUUCCUGAUAGACGUGGCUCUGAAUUUCCGCAUGGGCAUCAUAGCAGAGGACAGCGAGGAAGCUAUUCUGGAUAUCAAGCGGAUCCGGCUCAGUUACCUGAGGACAUGGUUCAUACCGGACGUCAUAGCUGCCUUCCCGAUCGGCUACAUUCUGCUGUUUGCGGACUUGCAUUACAACAGUGAUGACAACCCGUCCAAGACCAACAAGAUGAUGAGGAUCCUGAUGUUUGUUCGGAUCCUCAGCUUGAUCCGACUCGCCCGGGUGUCCCGACUCGUCAGGUUCUUCAACGAAGUGGAGAAAGUGUCAAAUGCAAACCUGGAGGUGGUCCGCCUGUUCUUCCGAAUCCUGUCUUUAUUCAUGAUGAUUUUCCUGCUGUGUCACUGGAACGGCUGCAUCCAGUACUUUGUUCCCAUGCUAGAGGAGUUCCCCUCUGACUGCUGGGUCCGCAAAGAAAACCUUAUGAAUGCCACAGUGAUCGUGAAGUACUCAUGGGGAGUUUUUCGAGCUCUCUCACAGAUGAUUGCUCUCUCGUACGGCUCCAUGGACGCUCCAACAAAUUAUGUUGAAAUGUGGAUCGUCAUGGUCAGCAUGGUGUCUGGCUGUCUGAUGUACACCGUCCUCGUGGCCAACGCCACCGCAAUGAUCGCCAACACCGACCCUGCAGCCAAGGAGUACAAGAUCAAGAUGAGUCGUUUGGAGCACUACAUGUCCUUUAUGAAGCUCCCGCCUGAACUGCAGCUCCGCAUCAGCAACUACUACCAGGCUCGCUAUGGGGGGAAAUGGUUUGACCAGAAGGACGUGAUGGCCACGGUGUCUUCUGCACUCAAAGAGCAAAUCCUGACAGUGAUGUGCAGCCGGCUGCUGAGAAAAGCUCCAAUGUUUCAGAACAGUGAUGAAAACUUCAUCAGUGCCCUCCUCCCAAAACUGGAGUACGAGGUCUUCCAGGAGGGAGACGUCAUCGUCCGAGAGAAUGUCCCAGGCGACAGGAUGUUCUUCAUCGACCACGGCCAGGUCCUCAUGGAGAGCGAGUCCUACGAUAGGGAACUAUCUGAUGGAGACUUUUUUGGAGAGACGUGCAUGCUGACCAAAGGCCAACAUCUGGCCACAAUGAAGGCGCUGACCGACUGCCAGUGCUUCACUCUGUCCUUUGACGACUUUCGGGAGGCGCUGCAGGGCUUCCCAGAUGUCAAGCAGGACUUGGAAAAAAUGGUUGAGCUCAACUCUGAUGCAGGAGUCGUGUAAGAACAAAAAAAAAUUAUUCCAUAUCUGGACAUGACUUGGACAUUUACUGACCGAGGAGAUGGACAGUCCUCGAGCCUCGACUCGAACUGGGAAUGAUUCAGACCUCAACAGUUAAGAUGGGUCAAACAUAUAAUCUCUGCUUUCUUGUUGCUAUCUAACAUCAACGUUUGGAAAGUCAAUAUAUAUCGUAGUGACAAAACAAGAAAGGUUCAGACUUUUUGUCUUUAUAUGACUUGGGGAUUGCUUUUGAUGUUUUGGCCAUGAUCCCUAUCAAUUACAUUGGUCUCACCAAGUCAACCUCUAAGAUCUGGGAUCACAUAGAUUUGAACAAGAGACACAAGCCGUCAGAUGAUCAUAGGUUGUAUAUGAAUCCAUAAACUUCUUACCCAGUUGUUUAAAGAUUCAUCACUGUUCAACAAAACACAGGUUUAACUUAAAUCUAUAGUUUUGCUUUCAAGUAGUCAUUUAGAUUAUUUGGUCUCUUGUGGGUCAUCCCGCUGGACUUAUCACCCUGUUAAUGGAUGACUGUACAGUAUUAGAUAAGACCCAAGUAGCAAACUGGAAAUUUGCUUUAAAGGAAGGUUAUAUCUAAACAGAUUCUUGUGAAUAUGAAGAAUCUGUAGGCGAGGGACAAGAUUUUGGUGCCCGGAAGCUUUCUGGUUUCUUUUUCUGGUUUGAGCAAUCACAUUUGAGCUGUUAAACCUUCAAUGUGGAGAGCAAAAGAGGCAGAACACAUUGACUGAAAUGCGUUUUAAUAUAUAUUUAUUCAUAUACAGAUAGAUGUUGAUAUAGAGUUUAGCCAAAAUGUCAUCUGGACCCAAAACACUUACAAAAAGUAUCGCUGUUUGUGUUUUGUGUGGAGAAACAUUUGACUUCUGUGAUUUUAAAAACUAGUCGGACUCUUGGAUAUCCAGAAGCCCCAAAAUGUUGGCCAUUGCCUCUAGAAGCUAAUUAACGACAGCCAAUGUAUCAGUGAUUGAAAGAAGGUAAAAACUCAUGUAUGUCAUUGUUUCUUUUCUCUAAAAUGACAUUUAUUUGUAGCAACAUUACUCAAGAUGAAUUAAUGUCAUUGUGAAAGCAACAAAAAUAAAGCAUAUACUUUAAUAUGA